AUCGGAAUCAGGCCCAAGCGAUAUACCAUCGAGUGGAUGCAGGCAAACCGUGAACGUGAACGUCAGGAGAACACAAACCCAGUCACACGCUACCUGGACCGUCGUCGUACCGAGCGUGGUGGCACAUGGAUUGCUCAAUACAACCUGCCGUGGCAUCCAUACUGGAUGUGGAUGCGGGACACGCACGAUCCUGACUACCCUGAGUUCUACUUGCCCAAGCCUGGCCAUCCUCACUUGCACUAUGAGGACACGAAGCGUAUGAACAUUCCCUUCACGACCGAGGGCCAGCCAGAAUAGGAGACAGGUGCUGGAAGAGAAGACUGAUCCAGCCGGGGGGGCCGCUGGUGGUGUCAGCAAGCUCCUGCCGCAACUCCGCCAAUUCUGC